AUGAGAGUAACUCAGAUCUUGGCUCCCGUUGUUGGGUUGUUUGCUGUCGCAAACGCUUGGGGUGAGACCGCAGUUUGGACGACUGUCGUGGAAACUGACUACACCACCUACUGCCCCGCCGCUACUACCUUCGCAUGGCACAAUGUGACUUACACUGCUACAACGGCGACCACCCUAACCAUCACCAACUGCCCUUGCACCAUCACCUACUCUACACCUCCCCCUACCACUAUCACCUCUUAUCCCACAUCAAUUCCCCUCUCCACUGGAUCGGUUGGCACAACCUCAUACACCUACUCUAAUGGAAGCUCGACGGUUAUCACUUACACCCCUUCGGUGUCAACUUACAUCUCUGGAACUGUACCUGUCACCACUCCGGUAGUCCCGACUAACACACCCGUUGGCCCCACAAGCACCGGUCCCGUAGUGAUCCCCACUGCCGCCGCCGACAAGAUCGGACCCGUCGGUGCUCUGAUCGCUGCUGGUAUCGCCGCUCUUGCUCUGUAA